GGUCGGGCCCUGUCAUGGCGGACGGCGGCGGCGGCGGGAAAGAAGGUGGGCGACAGCUCCAGUCCGCACCGGCGCCGCUUCGCCUCCGUCUCCCAGCAGCGCUCUCAUGGCUGUUUCCCCCUCCGCGGGCUGCGAGGACGGCGCUUGCAAGAUGAGCGACGAGGCGGCCCUGAGAAGAGCUACAUUGGAGGUAGCCCUGAGGAGGAAACAUGAUUGCGAAAAGAAAGCUCUUUUGAUUGUUGAACGCCUCCUUGAAAUGAAUGUAACUGAAGACUUUCUGAGAGACUGUGCCACGUUUAUUACUCCACUUCACUAUCAAGAUGUUGUAGAGGAGCGUUCAAUCAUCAAGCAGUGUGGCUAUCCUGUUUGUCAAAAUAAUUUGGUGAAUGUACCUAAACAGCAGUACACAAUAUCUACUAAAACUAAUCGAGUUUAUGAUAUUACAGAAAGAAAGAAUUUUUGCAGCAAUUUUUGUUAUAAAGCCUCCAAAUAUUAUGAAGCGCAGAUUUCAAAGAGUCCAUUAUGGUUACAAGAAGAAAGACCUACAGUUUGUCACUUACUGAAAGGACAAAGCGGCAGUGCUGGACAGGAAAUAAAUUUCGAAAAUUCAAACCUUCAGGUUUCAGAUAUUGCUAAUUCCAGCAUUGUGGAAGAACGGCCUGUGCACGAGAGAUCGCCCGGUGAGAAUAGUAGUAGUGAUUCAGAGCAAGAGUUUCUUUCCACUAUCCUUUUGAGAGAAAGAUACAAAUCUAAGACUUCAGAGCAUAAGCUGCACAAAAAAACACAAGGCAAAGCUAGAAAAACUGAAAGAAAUGAUCCAAUGGCAAAACAUAAAGAAAAAGAUCACACAGUUGGAAAAGUUACCGAACAAUUGAAGAAAUGUCAAAUUAAUAAUGCUGAGGAACCAGAUACUAGAUUGUCUCAAAGUACACAAAACACACAGUUGGCUUCUAUGCCAGAGGAAUCUACAUCUCCAAUGUCUUCACAGAAAGUCAUGGGAAAAGAUCAAGCUACUGUUGCGCCUGGAAAUUUUACUACGCAAGGUCUAAGCAAGAAGGGUGCUGCUUCACUGAAAAUGCUGAUAGCAAAAUCAAAAUAUCCUAGUUCAGGAAGACACACUUACAAGGUGGAUCGAUCUGUGAAAACUGAUAUAUUGGAUUUGCUAAGACAAGCACUAACUGAAUGGAAUACAGAAGAAACAUUAAUAUUUCUUUACGGUUCUAAUUUCAAGUGCAAAACACUAGAAUCGAACGAGUCAAGCCAAGUGACUUGUGUGAGUAAGCAAGAACUUGAUGAAGAUGACUUGGACAAUCUAGAGGCAAUUGAAAUUGGAGAUCCUAAUCAGAAUUCCAAAAAUGAUAAUAGUUUGAGACAAUGUCCUCCAUCCCAAGGGUCAGCGACUAAUGUUGGACCACUCCCAGAUAUGGAACGACUGAAGCCGGAAUCUGAAUGCCUUCACCUGAAAAUCAGAGAAUUUUAUAAGGGGCGGUAUGUUUUAUCUGAAGACAUUGAUGGCAAUACUGAAGAACAUUUGGAAUCCAUAAAUUAUAAACACAGAAAAGAAAACCCGGUUCUUCCAUUGGUGGAUUCCAAUGCCCAGCACCAAAUCAGAAGACGAAUUGUUGUGGAAAAACUUAAAAAAGCUUUACCUGACAUAUUGGGGCCUCUUCGACUUACAAUGUGUGACAUUUCUCCUGAGCUAAACAGACUUGUAAAAACAUUCAGGCUAACAAACACAAAUAUCCUUCACCGACCCUCCCAAUGGACCCUAAUCGCUAUUGUGCUGCUUGCAGUACUGUCAGUGAAGAUUCCACUUCUUCAGGAGACUCUGCAGAGUGUGACCUCAGAAAUGUUCAUAUCUACUUUUCUGCAAGAAUUUGAUGCCCAGAUUGAAGACCUGGAAAAUUUGAAGAACAUCUUCAAAUACCAUGAGAAGAAUGGUGUGGGGGGUCUGUAAAACAAAAGUACAAUUACAUCUUGUAAUUGAGUCGUGGAGUCCUGUAGCUCAGUGGUUAGAGCACUCGCUUUGCAAG